CCUCUUCCUCCGAGACAGAAAUCCAUUCCAGUAACAGGACUCUGCUCUAUUUUUAAACACCCAACACGCUGGUGUCCAGAAAGAUGGACCCUCUCUACCCUCUCAACGCCACCGAUGAUUUCAACGCCACGAACGGGACGAACGUCUCCGGUAACUCCAGCGACGGCUUCAACCAGUUCGUGCAGCCGGCGUGGCAGAUCACACUGUGGGCUGUCGCGUACUGCAGCAUCGUCGCGGUGUCUGUGGUUGGAAACAUGGUGGUCAUCUGGAUUAUUCUGGCGCAUAAACGCAUGAGGACCGUCACCAAUUACUUUCUAGUGAACCUGGCCUUAGCCGAGGCCGCCAUGUCAGCAUUCAACACGGUGAUCAACUUCACCUACGCCGUUCACAACGAGUGGUACUUUGGUUUGGUGUACUGCCGCUUCCACAACUUCUUCCCCAUUGCAGCCAUAUUUGCCAGCAUUUACUCCAUGACGGCCAUCGCUCUGGACAGAUACAUGGCGAUCAUCCACCCGCUGCAGCCGAGGCUGACCUCCACAGAGACACGGGUGGUGAUCACGGUGGUCUGGAUGCUGGCUCUGGUGCUGGCGUUCCCUCAGUACUACUUCUCGUCCACCACGCUGCUGCCGGGACGCACGGUCUGCUACAUCGACUGGCCCGAAUACACCACGGUGGACUUCAAGAAGAUAUACUACGUGUGUGUGACACUGCUGAUCUACUUCAUGCCCCUCGGCAUCAUGGGAUGCGCGUACACGAUCGUGGGUGUCACCCUCUGGGCGAGCGGGAUUCCCGGAGACUCCUCUGAACGCUACAAAGAACAGCUGAUAGCCAAACGGAAGGUGGUGAAGAUGAUGAUCGUGGUCGUGUGUACGUUCGCCGUGUGCUGGCUUCCGUAUCACAUCUACUUCCUGCUGCACCAGUUCUUCCCCGAGUUGUUCGAGCAGCGCUACAUCCAACAGGUGUACCUGGCCAUCAUGUGGCUGGCCAUGAGCUCCGCCAUGUACAACCCCGUCAUCUACUACUGCCUCAACAGCAGGUUCAGAGCAGGUUUCCAGCAGGUGUUUUGUUGCUGUGCUCCCACCGUUGGAAAGGAGGAGCUGGAGCUCAAGUCACCGCGCUACCUGCAGACACAGGUGAGCAUCUACCGAGCCAGUCGGAUGGAGACCGUCGUCUCCACCGCCGUCCACCCUGCAGCAGCGGAGCAGAAGAGGGCGGAGCUGUCGUCCAGCCGCCCUCACAGCCAGCCUCGCCUGGAGGUCACGUCCAACGGCUCGGGCUCAGAGACCAAGACCCCCGACGGCGGCCCCUCACAGUAGAGCAAACACCCAUCAGGUGGCGUGGGAACACAGGGUGGACGGAGCGGCGGCUCAGACCCGCCGAUCGGCUCUGCGCCGUUCUUGAAGAGGCUGUCGUGCCGGUCGAGUGCUUUAUGUAGCCGGGAUGUUUUGAUCUAACCAGUGAGACAAGUGCAUUAACACCACAUGUCAGUGGUGUGGGGAACUGUCCAGGAAGUGAAGACCAGUGGUGGAGGUACCUGCUCUUUACUCGAGUGUUUCCAUUUUUAUGUUACUUUCAACACAUUCUCACUCCCAACUCGAAACGAUGAAGCGCUUUCGUGCACGUGUCAAUUUCCACUCAUCACACCGUUCUGUUUUUUUCAAAAUAAACUUCCUAUUCACAGGAAACAGCAUGUUGUAGUUUGGGUUAAAGUGUGUUCAUACGUAGUUAUGAAUGUGUUAGGGCCACGUAGAGCGUCAAAGGGCUGCUGACCAGGCUGCAGUGUUUGGUGACUUGUUACUUUAUACUUCUAAUAUUCUGCUGCACUAUUUAUCUGACAGCUGUAGUUGUUGGUUACUUUUCAGAUGUCACAAGAAUCAGCCUCAAAUUGGAGCUUUUUGUCACAUUUCAAAGAUCAGUUUAUAAAGGUUCUCAGAUGGUUUCAUUUAAAUAACCGUUCUGAGGUCCAGAGGUCAAAAUAUUCAAUAUUUCUCCUUCUUCUUCUCUUUAAUCUUCUUCUGCUUCGCCUUCUUCCUCUUCUCCA